AUGGCUCCUCGCUGCUUCAUUGUCCGCCACGGCGAAACUGAAUGGUCACUCAAUGGCCGGCACACCGGAAUUACAGAUCUGCCUCUAACAGAGAACGGUGAGAAGCGGAUCAAGGCUACGGGAAAGGCGCUGGUUGGGAAUGACAGGCUCAUCGCGCCGAAGAAGUUGGUUCAUGUAUAUGUCUCCCCCCGCACCCGUGCGCAACGAACGCUGGAACUUCUCGAGAUAGGAUGCAGAGAGAGACUCCCCUGGACGGAGAAGCGAAAGUCGGAGAACGAAGAGCCGAUCCGAACCGGCGCAAAAGUCGAAGUCACCGAGGCCGUUCGCGAGUGGGACUACGGUGACUACGAGGGGUUGACGAGCAAGCAAAUUCGGGAACAGAGGGCAGAGCGCGGUGAGGGUUCUUGGGAUAUUUGGCGGGAUGGUUGUCCUGGUGGAGAAUCCCCCGAAGACGUCAUUAAACGACUCGACGCAUUGAUCGCCGAGAUCAGGGAAAAGUACCACAAUCCGUGUCUCGAGUCGGGCGAGAGCGACGGCGGCGACGUCCUUAUAGUCGCGCACGGUCAUAUCCUUCGUGCAUUUGCGAUGCGCUGGACGGGACGGCCACUGACGGAGACUGCGCUGAUUCUAGAGGCCGGAGGAGUAGGCACACUGAGUUACGAGCACCAUAGCAUCGACGAGCCGGCAAUAAUUUUGGGCGGAGGUUUCGUCGUGGAAAACUGA